GUUAGAAAGUUCAUUCAAGAUCUUAAAAGGGAUAGUUUUGGCUCUUCAACUACAUCUCGUUAUGAUUCUUAUUCUUCAUCUCGUUACGAUCAUGAUGAUACUUAUUCUUCAUCUCGUAGUGCCUCAUAUAAUAAACCAUCUUCUACUCCAUCAACAUCUAGUUCAGUAUAUACCUCUGUAAUUAGUGCUACUCCUAGUUCAAUGUCUAAGUCUAAAUCGCCCGAAGAACGUGCCGCUUUUAUUAAAGCAGAAGGUGAGCGUAGAGUAGCAGAAAAGCUAAAAGCUCUGGGUAUUAAAUCUACAAGUUAUUCGAAAUCAGCUCCAUCAUCGGCUCCUGAUUCACCUACUUUAUCGGAUCGUUUAGCGCAUGAAAAGGCUGAUGCGGCCGAAAGAAAAGCUCGUGCAGAACGUGAGAUAGAGGAACGGGAACGUAUAAGAUCCGAAAAACUUUUAGCGGAGAAGCAAAGAAAAGCGGAACUAGAUGCUGAAAAAGUACGUAAAAUGAAAGAAUUUGAAAGUAGAGAAGAGGAAAGAAGAAAUCAAUGGUUAGAAGAUGCGAAAGAACUCGAAAAGGCUAAAGGAAGGAAAGCUCGUGAAAAAGAAGAGGCUGCACGUGCUAGAGAAUUAGAAUUAGAACGUAAAAGGAUCGAAGCGGCUGAAAGAGAGAAAAAGCUUGAAGAGGAAAGGUUAGCACGUAUUAAGAGAGAAGCUGAAGAACGUGCCGCAGAGGACGAACGUAUAAGGAAAGAACAAGAAGCGUUAAUAGAAAAUUCUAAAGCAGCCAGAGAAAAGGCAAGGAAAAUGGAGGAAGAAGCUAAACAGCGUGAAGAUGCUACUAAACUUGAAAGCGAAAGAUUAAGACAAAAGAGAGAAGAUUCUAUGUGGUCGGUUAAAUCUUCUGAUAAUGAUUCACAUACAUCAUCGGUUGCAGAAUCUGUGAACAAUAAUCCAUUUUUGAAAUUCAGUUCUCAAGAACAAAAAAGCAGCAAUACCAAUGAUAAUAAUACUAUAGAGAAUACUAAUCCGUUUUUUAAGUUCACUUCUGGUUCAACUGCACAAUCCGAUGUACAAUUUGCAAGGGAUCUUGCAUCCAAGCUGUUUGGUGGUUCUUCUUUUAAUCCUCCAAAUUUUGAAUCAUCGAAUGUAACUUCGACAACUAUAACUGCCAAAGCAGAUUCUAUCCCGGCACCGCCACCGCCACCACCACCACCACCUUCAUCUGACACUGUUCCAUCACCACCGCCACUUUCAAAUACAAUCUCUGUUCCACCGCCACCACCAUUUCCUUCUGGUUCAAAUACCAUUCCACCUCCACCGCCAUUACCUACUACUUCAACUUCAGUUCCACCACCACCGCCACCACCACAACAACAACCAUUAUCUUCCAGCAAUCAAUCACAAACAUCUUUGCCUCCACCCUCUGGUGCACGAAACGCUUUGUUAAGCCAAAUCCAACAGGGAACGAGGUUGAAGCCCACGAAGACUAACGAUCGAUCUGCGCCUAUAAGUUCGGGUAGAACUAGCUCUCCUGCACAAAGCUCUUCUGGUGGCGUAUCUCAACCGUCUGAUGAUAGGGCUGGCAUGGCUGGCAUUGCUGCCUUAUUAGCAUCUGGAAUACCUAAUCUAAAGAGUCGUGGAGGAGUUGAAACUGGGCGUUCAGCCACAGGAGGAUCUGCAUCGAAAUCUUCCCCUCCUUCUCGCCAAAAAACUAUGGGAAGAAUCGAUCGAAGAGUGUCGGCAGAUUGGUUUGGUAAUUUAUCAUCAGAUCAACUUGCUGGUGAAGUGACCCCAAAACCACAAACAUCCGGUAGCGAAGAAGAUAUCUUUGCACUAGUUACAUCACCGACUUCAGCAUCAGGAGAUAAUGAUAUCGAUCGCUCACAAGAAUUUCGGGUCAAAUCACUUCAUCCUUAUCUUGGUACCGGUGCUCCAGAUGAACUUAAAUUUGAGGCCGGAAUUGUUUUUGUUGCUAAUCCAUCUAAAGAUCCAGGUAACUCAGAAUGGUGGCAUGGUUAUAUCGAACAGACUGGGUUAAAGGGAUGGUUUCCCAAAAAUCAUGUUGAGAUCUAUAAAGAAGGCAAUUAUUUUUACUAUUUCAAUUUUUCAUGCAUAUUUUUCAUUACCGAAUCAUUUUCUAACGAUGAUUUAAAUGUUUUUAAUCAACUUAUAGAAAAAGAAAUUUGUAAAGCUAAAGUAUUGUUUGAUUACAAAGCUCAAUCCAUUGAACAACUUGAUAUUCAGUCUGGUAACAUUAUUUCCAUUCUCGACAAGUCUUUUGGUGACUGGUGGAAAGCAGAGUUUGAAGGCUCUAAGGGAAUUAUUCCUGCGAAUUAUGUCGAAGAAAUUACUAGUAGUAGCGGUUAG